AUGGACUUUCAAGACGAUGGACGUUCCGAUCUAGGCACAGCGCCUCUACACUUGCGCGGCUCCACCACUCGCGAGAAGACGAACUCAGAUGCUUCAAGUUCGAUCGGGCAAAACACGACAGAUCAGUCGUCCACUUUAUCAUCUUCUACAUCUUACCAAGAAACAAGCACCGUUCCUCACCUAUCCAGUCUAUCUUUAAUUGAGAAAUACUUCGACGUUGUUCAAGACGCAAAUCCCAUCUUCUCAAAAGACAAAUUUCUCCACGACUAUCAAAGUUCACUAUGCGAUCCAGAACUUGUCUCUGCGAUAACUACAAUCACGUUGAAGCUAAUUGGCUCCAAUUCUCCCGAGGACGAACACAAUCUAGAUGCCCGUAUUGCCCGACUCUUAAGUUCAAGCUUACUCGAGGACGACAUUAUAGGCACAACUCCAUCGCUUGACCAGUUCCGCAAAGCUUGUAUAUUAGCAUUCUAUGAUUUCCAUCAGUUCCCAGGGCACCAGUCCUGGAUGCGCAUUGGCCAAAUUACGCGCAUGGCAUAUCGCACGGGCCUAGACCGACUUGAAAGCCUUCGUGAACUGUAUGAUGACUGGGGUUCGUACAGCAACGACGAGAUUCAAGAGUGGCGAUCUGUGUGGUGGUGUAUCUACCGCCUCGAUUCCUAUUCCAAUCUCUCAUCAGGCACACCAUAUCUGAUUGAACACCAAUUCGUCAAUACAUCUUUUAUUCUUGACUACUCUCAUCACUCUCCAGGAGACUCCGCUACUCCUCAAGAGGUGCAUUUACCUUCGGACUAUGCAGAUCUUUACAAGCUGCUUCCAGUGUUUGCAUUAAGUCCCAAGACUUUCUCGAAGAACGUCCAUCUCCUUUCCAUUGCUGCCAUGCGGCAGACGGGAACAGCUAAACGAAUGCAUUUCGCACGACCGAGAGACGAUAUGACCGAGUCCCUUGCCAAUAUUCAACGUCAAAUUUCUACGCUUUCUCUAUCAUUGCCACCUGGCUUUUUUAAUCCUGCGCGGAAUGCAUUCGCAAAUGAGUCUCAUGAGGACCACCAUGCACGGCUGGUCACCGUUCUCCAUCUUAUGAUGGCCCGACUACUUCUCACAAUGUUAAGCUGUGCUCAAGCAAAGAAAGAUAAGGCAAUGGUACUGCUUACCUGGCAACAGGUUCUUGAGGUUUGCCAGGACAUUGCUUCGGUUAUGGAGCAGUGGAACUCAUUGUUCUGCAUGAAAGUGGAUCCAGCAAUUUCGUUUAUUCCCUUUACAGCACUCGUCUUUCUUGACCUCCACAAGAAGUCCACAGCAAUGGACAACCCUACUCUCCAAACAAAGAUUCAGUAUCAACAGACCGUUCUUCGUCUAAAUCUUGAAGAAUUCGCGAAGCGUUGGACUCUUCCGAGGCUUCUCAAUUUGUCAUUUGCGGGGUUCAGCGAAUCUGUUUCCGGUCCGCUAUCCCACCGCCAUAUAUUUGUGAUUCUCUCGCGGUUCGAAUCACCUCUUCAUCCGAGGUGGCUACAAUUCCUCUCAACGGCCCAGGCCCACCUAGAUUCCGUCCAAGAUGCACAUCAUUAA